AUGGCAUUUUGUGCUUUGACGAUAGUCGCCCUUUAUAUACUUAGCUUAAAAGAUCAAGACCGACGUGUCCCAAAUCUCCCUCCAAGCAAUACCACAAGCUCUCAGGAGCCGGCUCUGCUGUCCACAGCCUCCUCCUCAGCACCUAAUACAUCCCUGGCAACCACACCGGCCUCCUUACAAGUACCUGAAAUUACUUUCUGUGAAAUCCUGCCAUGUCAGGAGACUUAUUGCUGCCCCAUCUGGGGAAUGAAAGAAGUCUUUUCAAGUCCUGUGCAAAGACAAUCUGAAGACAAGGAAUUCCAUCAGAGGCAAUGGUCAGAAGACAAAAGCAAAUCGUUCUUGGCAAGAAAUGCUCUUAGCGGCCCUGACUGGAGGAGUGACUGGAUUGAUACAACGAUCAGUUCUAUUCAGAUUAUGGAAAUCCAGCAAAUAAUAGAUCAUCAGUAUUGCAGUCGAAGCCUCCAGUGCGGCACAACAGAGCCAUUGAUAGUCUUCCAGUGCAAAUUCACCCUUGGAAAUAUAUGUUUCCAUAGUAAAAGGGAAACCAAAGGGAUGGAAAGCCACAGAGAAAUCUCCCAGGAGAUGACACAGGGAUAUCAGCACAUUUGGAGCCUCCCUGUAGCCCUGUUUUCUGACAGCAUGUUCCAUUUACGCGUAGCUGCACCGGAUUUAGCUGACUGUUCAACUGAUCCUUAUUUUGCUGGAAUAUUCUUCACCGAUUACUUCUUUUACUUCUAUCGACGCUGUGCCUAAUUUGUUCAAGUUUGGGGACUUUACCAAAGGAAAAUAGGAAUACAUUUAACAGAAACGGACAUCCUCUUGCAACUUCUUUUUUCUUCUUUGUAAAACAUUUACGUUUAUUACUAAAGGACUUUUUCAGGCUUUAGCUUCCAACAGUUUUGAGACAUUAAUGAGGAGAAUAAAAUGUUUGCUGAAACUUGAAA